UGCAUCUGGACUCAUUCAUUUACAGUUCGCUCUACGAUACCGAAGCAAGUGUGCGUGGUCGACAUGGCUCAAGGUAAACAGAAAUUUAAAGCGCAAAAACCCGGCGGUGGGAAGAAACAGACUCAGAAACAGAAAGGUCCAAAGAAAGGAGGGAGGAUAAUCGCACCCAAGAAAGCACAAGUGGUCCAGCAACAGAAACUGAAAAAGGGUCUGGAGGUGGCCAUCAGGAAUAAGAUUGAGCAGGAGGUGACCCAGAAAGCCAGCACCUCCAUGCACAAGCGCCUCAACGUGCUCAAGGCUCCCGAGAGCAAGGCAGGAGCGGCUGCGCCUACCGCCGGAUCCUCCAAAUAACACACACACACACACACACACAGAAGGUAAUAGACUGUGAAAUGUGUCUAGCCCAGGUCUGACAAGAGCGACCCCCAUCCUCAAUUGUGUUGUGUUUUUGAACCAAAAAUAUUUACAGAUUUACAGUUGAUGGUAUAAAUCUGUAGUUGAAAUGAUGUAUUUGGGAUCGUAAAUUUCUGAGGAGGGCAAGUCUGAAGUCUGACUGUGUGGCUCUUGUAGCAGGCCUGAGAACUAUUGAGUUUGUUUGUUUCAUUUUUUUUUUUUUUUUAAAUGUGACCUGAACAUUGCAGCUACCACUGUGGAUGUUUUGUAUUAAAUGUAUUUAGUGUAUAUGGCCACUAGGUGGCAGCCUAGAGCUGUGAAAUUUCAGCUCAGUCCAAAACACAUGCAACACAAAAGUGAUCAACCCCAGAUUUUUCUGUACAGAGAUCUUUUAUGAAAUAAUGGCACAUUAAAUAUAUAUAACCCAA